AUGCGUUACGUAGCCAGUUACUUGUUGGCCGUCUUGGGCGGAAACGAGCACCCUUCUGUGGCAGAUAUUGAGAACAUACUCGGGGCGGUGGGAAUCGAUGCCGAUGGAGAGAAAGCCAAACUUGUUGUGUCAAAACUGAAAGGAAAAACAAUCUCCGAAUUGAUCGCCGAAGGCUCCAAGCAUCUUGUGUCCGUUUCUGGUGGAGGAGGCGCAUCUGCGGCCCCAGCCACAGGUGGUUCAGCCCCAGCCGCCGCAUCAGCCCCAGCCGAAGAGAAGAAAAAGAAAGAAGAACCAAAGGAGGAAUCUGAUGACGAUAUGGGAUUCGGCCUCUUCGAU